GCCAGCUGUCCUCAGAGCUAACUGUCUUCCACUCGCUGCGAUGAGCGGGGAAUUCUGGCUGUGGGCGUUGUGCGCCCUGCUGCUAGCCUUGUGGCUGCUGAACUUCUUGCGCACCGAUUGUGACCUGACGCUGCUGUGGGCUGAGUGGCUGGGUCGUAGUCCAGAACAGGUGCUGACUGGCAAGGUGGUGUGGGUGACGGGAGCAUCCAGUGGCAUUGGUGAGGAGCUGGCUGUCCAGUUAUCUAAACUUGGGGUGUCGCUGGUGCUGUCAGCCCGAAGGGCGCAGGAGCUGGAGCGGGUGAAGAGAAGAUGCCUGGAGAAUGGCAACGUAAAAGAAAAAGACAUACUGGUUUUGCCCCUUGACCUGACUGCCAGAAGUUCCCAUGACAUGGCUACGAGAACUGUUCUCCAGGAGUUUGGUAGGAUCGAUAUUCUGAUCAACAAUGGUGGAAAAGUGCAUUGUUCCUUUGUGUUUGAUACCAACAUGGAUAUCGUCAAAGAGAUACUAGAGGUGAACUACCUAGGGACAGUGUCCUUGACCAAUUGUGUUCUACCUCACAUGAUGAAGAGAAAGCAAGGAAAGAUCGUGGUUAUGAAUAGCAUUGGGGGAAUUUUACCCGUGCCCCUUUGCAGUGCGUACGUGGCCAGCAAGCACGCUCUUCGGGGGUUUUUAAAUACCCUCCAAAGUGAACUUUUUAACUACCCGGGUAUAACGGUGUCUUCCAUUAGCCCAGGACCUGUGCAUUCGAAUAUUUACAAGAAUUGUUUGACUUCAGUAGUCACUAAGACUACAGGGGAUAAUACAGCGCGGGGUGUUUCCAAGAUGGAAACGAGCCGCUGUGUCCGGCUGGUGCUGAUCUCCAUGGCCAAUGAUUUGAAUGAAGUCUGGAUGGCUAAUCAGCCUGCCUUGUUUGGGCUCUAUCUGUGGCAGUAUAUGCCGCUCCGGGACUGGUUAUUUUCAAGGACGAUGUGGAAGAAAAUCAUUAAAAACUUUGAUGUUGAUAUGAAUUAUUUAGAUGCCAAUCAUCAUAUGAGACCAAGCACUUUUAGCUAUCAAAUUGGUGAGAUGAAAAACUGAUUUUCCUACAAGCACAGAAAUGGACUAAUAUAUAACCGAACAUCAUGCCACAUCAUUCCCAGUUUGAACAGUUAGGGGAAAUUAGCAGACUGUUCAUACAACUGUUCUUGAUACCAGUUAAUAUUGUCAGUGCUUCAUGGCAGAGGAAGAAGACAUCGAAGAGACUGACUAUCAGAGGGAGACAGGGACCAAGCAGGGUUGUUUCCGGUGUACAGUCUGUCAGAAAGGGGCAUGACAAGGCCAUUUUGUGAUAUUUACAGAGCAUUUAUCUAUAAAAGAUAAACAUCAUAUAGAACACUUUGCUUUGGGUUUCAAAACAAGUAAAAUAGUGAUUUCAAAGAUUACGGUCUUUUCUUCCCCAGAUCAACUCUUUUUCUUGGAUAAAUUAAAAACAUUUGUUUUA